CGUUGAGAUCGUAUAAUUUGUUUUAUGCGUUUAUCUCCAAAUACCACCAUUGGAUACUAUCGUUGAAAUUGAAAGAUGACUGGGAAGGACGAGUUCGUCUCUUACUCGCCCCUUCCCUCAAACCCUAAUCCCAAUCCUUAUGCUUAUCAUUACCCAAAUCCUAGUUCUUACCCCCAAAACAUCGUCGUUCUCCUACCCACCUACCGCCCUCGUUUUCACCGCCGUCGCCGCCGCUGCAUCCUCUACUCCUUCGCACUCUUCCUCUUCAUCCUCGUCGCCGGGGCAGCCUUCCUCCUCUUCCCAUCCGAUCCGGAGGUACGCCUCGUCAGGAUCGGGCUCAACCACAUUGGGAUCCGAACCAACCCGAAGCCCAUUCUCGACAUCUCCUUCUCCCUCACGGUCAAAGUUCGCAACCGAGACUUCUUCUCCUUAUCGUACGACACCCUCGCCGUCUCCGUUGGCUACCGUGGCCGCCAAAUAGGCUUUGUCUCCGCCCCUGGAACCGGUGGACGCAUCAGGGCGCGCGCCUCCUCCUACGUCGACGCCACGCUCACCGUCGACGGGUUUGAGGUUCUCUACGAUGCGUUCUACCUUAUCGAAGAUAUCGCUAAGGGUGUGAUUCCGUUCGACACUGAGUCGCGAGUUGAAGGGAAGUUGGGACUUUUCUUCUUCACUGUUCCUUUGAAGGCGACGGUGUCAUGCGAAGUUUAUGUGAAUAUAAACCAGCAGAGAAUUGUACGUCAAGACUGCUAUCCUGAGUCAUUGGGUGAUCCGCUGGAUCAGAGCGCAGAUAUUGAAGCUGGUGAUACAUGAUGGGGUAUUAUUAAUCUUUAGCAUCCUUUAUCUAUACUGCUCUGGUGGUGGUGUUGGUGUUCCUAUUCAUUACAUUAUUGUUAGCGUGCUGUAUAAUCUGUAUAUGGUUCCACACCCUUGUAAAUAACGAUUAACUAGAAACCACCUGCAUUUUGUAUUCAACCCUCCUAUGAGUUAAUAAUUCAAUGAAAAUGUUACCUGGGAGUUUUUCA